AUGGAGUUGAGUCUUGGGGUUCCCGGGACCCUCGAUGGGAAUUGCAACGAUUGCCUUGAACUGGAGAGUUCAAUGGCUGAGAGUAGGCUCCGGGCUCCGGACCUAGGAGUUUCCAGUUGUCUGGGAAAAUGCCAGAAGAGCUCACCAGAUGCUGGGAGGCAGCCCUUUUCUGGAAAGUCCUUUUACUUGGAUCUGCCCGCUGGCAAGAACCUCCAGUUUUUGACGGGGGCCAUCCAGCAGCUGGGUGGGGUAAUUGAGGGUUUUCUGAGCAAAGAAGUAAGUUACAUCGUGUCCAGCCGCAGGGAGGCGAAGACCGAGAGCAGUGGGACAAGGCACAGAGGCUCCCCCAGCCCCAGCGAGGUCACAGUGGAAACACUGUCCAUAGCCAACCCAAAAGGCAGCCGUGCCAGGCCCGCACAGAAAGCUGUGGACUCGGUGCCUCUGAGCAGAGGGAAGGAGCUCCUGCAGAAGGCCAUCAGAAACCAGGGCAGCAGCGGCGGAGGCGGUGGCGGGCGCGGCAGCGGCCUCCUGAGCAACGCCCGCUCCUGGGGGGUGCGGAUUCUCCACGUGGAUGAAAUGAUGAUGCAUGUGCAGCAGCUGUAUCUUGAUGUGCCAUGUGUGAAGAAACAAGGGCCAAAGAAGCCAGAGGGAACAUGUCCAGCAGAGUCAAGAACACGGCAAGUGGCCAGACUGAAGGCACCGUUCCUCAAAGUCGAAGAUGAGAGCAGGAAGUUUCGUCCUUUCCACCAUCAGUUUAAAUCCUUUCCUGAAAUUUCUUUUCUGGGACCCAAAGACGCAAGUCCCUUUGAGGCCCCGACGACUCCGGGCAGCUCGCACCAUACCAGAGAAGCCAAGGACCAGGAGCCAAGCCGGCGAUCGGCCCCCUGCACGGUGCCCAGGAAGAAGAAGGGGUACUGCGAGUGCUGCCAAGAGGCCUUCGAGGAGCUGCGCGGGCAUCUUCAGAGCCCCCAGCACCGGGGCUUUGCCCUGGAAGCCCGCCCGUACGCCGAAGUGGAUCGGAUCAUCGCCCAGCUAAGCCACAGCUUUGCGGACAUCCCCUUCCAGGCCAGCCUCCCCGGGCAGCCAGGCUCCUUGGCCUCCGAUUGUGACCCUCUGUGUCCUGAGACUCCGCCUCCCAGCCAGCCCUCCUAUCUCAGGGCAGCAUCUCCCAGGAGGAGGAAAGAAGAUGAUCACCAGGCCCCAGGUGCCUCAGAGCACGAUGGGACAGUGGGCGGCCUGAGAGCACCAGCUGAACCUGUGGAGGCCGGCAAGAUACCUGGACCAAUAGCAAGCCACCAGGAGCCGGGGGUGUCGGCUGAUGUCUUUAUGGACCCCCGAGAGACACCAGUGUCCAGGAGCCCUGCUUACCAGUGCCUGCUGACCAGCUCUGGAUUUGCUGAACUCUCCCCUGGCCCAGACCUGGCACUUGUUGGCCACAAGCGGAAGGUUCAGUUCCCCAGUGGCAAUGCCGAGAAGAGGCCAGGGGUGUCCUGGCCACAGGCCUCAUUCUUCGUCCCGAGAGCCCCCAGCCCCUGUGGCACCAGGACAACCAGUGGCAAGCAUCUUCUCUCCCUUCCCCUUCCAGGCCAUGAGCCCGGGCCUCUGGCCUCCCUCCAGCCCGUUUGCCACCAGCAGACCUGCCCCUCCCUCCCGGGCCCCUUUCCCGGGCAGCCCACAGACAGGCCAGCAGAGUUCUGGGCCACACAGGCCCCCUGGCCUGGGGGAGGAUGGCCCCCAGGAUCUAAGGAUUCUGAGUGCGCAGCCUCUGCCCCUGUCUCCCAGCAGGCUGAGCAGCUCCCCAGCGGCCCCGCAGCUCCAGGCCAGCUGCCAGGCCAGCUGCCAGCCCACCUGCACUCAGCUGCGGGCACACAGACCCCAGGAGGACCUGCAGAGAGCCAGGCUACCUCUCUGCCCCCGCCCCUUCCAGCCAGCGGGGGGGCCAGCCGCUCCCGAUGGUUCUGGACCCCCCAGCCUCUCCCUGUCUCCCAGUCCCAACCCCAGCCCAGUGCCAGCAGAGAACUACUCCUAUGAGUCCCUCCAGGCACGCAGCUCUGGGGCCAGACAGCUCCCGACUCAGGGCAAGUUACACCUCUGCUGAGUGCUGCACACCCAGCCCGGGCUGACCAGGCACACAGGGAGGACCUGCGCCUGGGGCCUGGCCCUUGAAGUCCACGUGAACAGCUGUGGUCAUGGCCAAGCUCUGUGGGGUUGACGGGGCCAGUCCUCCCACCCGCCAGGUCUUCAGGUGGGACCAAGAGGGUCUGGGCUGGGGGCUGCCCUCUCCCC